AUGCCGAAAGCCUUUCUCGUGAAGAAACUUAAAACAUCGAAAUGGACAAGUGACACGGCAAAGAUCAAUAAAAAAUUUCUGCGCGAGUUACAACGCGGCCGAGAAAUGGGAAUAUGCGUUAAGACGAUCAAAAUAAAGAAAAGAUCAAGUGGUCUUCCUGAGGCAAAGGAAAGAAAUUCAACAGCAAAUUCCAAUCGAGCGUUGAUAGUUCCUAAUGAAAAAUUUGAAUUUCCAAAACCAAAUGGUCCGCUGCCGCAAUCCCAGUAUAUUUGCCAGCUUUGUAAGAAAGUUUACCCAGAUCCAUUUGCCUUAGCACAACAUCGAUGUUCCGGUAUUAAGCACAUGGAAUACAGAUGCCCCGAAUGUGAUAAAGUAUUUAGUUGCCCAGCAAAUCUUGCCUCACAUCGACGUUGGCAUAGACCAAAGUCACCGGGGAAAAAGGCCAACAAAGAAGCAACUAUGAACAGAGAUGAUUUUCAUAGCGAAGAAAUGAGCAAAAUAACACCAAGGAAUUCAGCAUCGUCGUCGGAUUCUCAACAUGAACAAAAUUUAAACAACAUGCAAUACUUUUGCGAGAUGUGUAAUAAAAAAUUCCGACGCAAAAGCUACCUGCAGAAGCAUAUAAAUAAUCAUUGCAAUGAUCGUCCUGAUCCAUGUCAGUUUUGUGGUAAACUAUUUCGCACUUUGACAAACCGCGCUAGACACGUUUUACAACACGCUGUUCUAAGGAAUGAAGAAAAAAUCAAACUGUGAUUCGUCGACUGAUAUUUUCUGAUGACUGAUAUAAGAAAUAUUUAUAAAUAAUAAUUCACAUAUAAUAUAUAUCAGAGUAAUGACGAACGUCGAAGACAUUCGUGAAAGGAUAAACAUUCCAAUAAGUUUCUCAUUUAAACUACAAAUACACUUUAAGUCCAUUAAA